ACGUGUGCGGUGGUCAAAACGGUAAAAGGCAAAAGUAGCAGCAUUUUUCGCAGCUGCUGUUGGUGUGUGAGUGCUCGGUGUGUUCCUGUUCCGUUGUAAAGCAGCAGCCCGUCGUCUAGCAGCAGCCCCCAAAAGCCCGGACCAGCAUUAACAGCCCGACAAAUGCGAAUUGGCUUGGAUUCUUUUGCGUGACACGUUCAGUUUUUAUUUUUCUAUCAACAAAUUUAAAGGCAUACAGGCAACACACACACACACGCACACAAAUUUCGAUUCGGCAACUUCAAAGUAUUCAAAGUAAACAUAACCUAAAAAACAGAUAAAAUUUCAAAAGAAUCAAAAUGCCGUCGGACGCUAAGAAACGGGAUGCGCAACGCAAAAAGGAUGCGCGCAACAAGAAAAUCCAACAGAUACCAUCCACAAAGAAGAUGAAUGGCAAUGCCAACGGCCUCGAUCGGGAGAUGACCGAGGAGGAGAAACUGUGCGCCAAGCUCGAGGAGGAGGCUAGAAUCAGUGCCGAGGCUAGAUCCUGCACUGGCUCCCUGGCCGUGCACCCAAGAUCACGUGACGUGAAGAUUGCCAACUUCUCAAUUACGUUCUUCGGCUCGGAGCUGCUGCAGGACACAAUGUUGGAGCUGAAUUGUGGUCGUCGCUAUGGCCUAAUCGGUCUGAAUGGCUGCGGCAAGUCAUCGCUGCUCGCCGUUCUCGGCAGGCGCGAGGUGCCCAUACCGCCACACAUUGAUAUAUUCCAUUUGACGCGUGAGAUACCGGCCAGCACGAAAAGUGCGCUGCAGUGCGUCAUGGAGGUGGAUGAGGAGCGCAUCAAGCUGGAGAAACUGGCCGAGGAACUGGCCAUGAGCGACGAGGAUGAUGCCCAAGAGCAGUUGAUCGAUAUCUACGAACGCCUCGACGAUAUGUCCGCCGAUCAGGCCGAGGCCAAGGCAGCUCGCAUCCUCCACGGUCUCGGAUUCGAUAAGGCCAUGCAACAGAAGCAAGCCAAGGAUUUUUCUGGUGGUUGGCGUAUGCGAAUUGCGCUGGCGCGCGCUCUAUUUGUCAAGCCGCAUCUGCUGCUGCUGGACGAGCCGACAAACCAUUUGGAUUUGGACGCGUGCGUGUGGCUGGAGGAGGAGCUGAAGACGUAUAAGCGCAUCCUGGUGCUCAUCUCACACUCGCAGGACUUUCUUAAUGGCGUCUGUACGAACAUCAUUCACUUGACGGGCAAACGCUUGAAAUACUAUACGGGCAACUAUGAGGCUUUUGUGCGCACCCGCAUGGAGCUGCUGGAGAACCAGAUGAAGCAAUACAACUGGGAGCAGGAUCAGAUUGCACACAUGAAGAACUACAUAGCGCGCUUCGGCCACGGCUCGGCCAAAUUGGCCAGGCAAGCACAAUCCAAGGAGAAGACACUGGCCAAGAUGGUUGCCCAAGGUUUAACCGAGAAGGUGACCGACGACAAGGUGCUCAAUUUCUAUUUCCCAUCAUGUGGCAAGGUGCCGCCACCUGUGAUUAUGGUUCAGAAUGUCAGCUUCCGAUACAACGAUGAAACUCCCUGGAUCUAUAAGAACCUUGAGUUUGGCAUUGAUUUGGACACGCGUCUCGCUCUGGUAGGCCCCAACGGAGCUGGCAAGUCGACGCUGCUGAAGCUACUCUACGGCGAUCUGGUGCCCACAUCUGGCAUGAUACGUAAAAAUUCACAUUUACGCAUCGCUCGCUAUCAUCAGCAUCUGCACGAGCUGCUCGACCUGGAUGCUAGUCCAUUGGAGUAUAUGAUGCGCGCCUUUCCCGAUGUCAAGGAGAAGGAGGAGAUGCGCAAGAUAAUUGGACGAUAUGGCUUGACUGGACGGCAGCAGGUGUGCCCCAUACGUCAGCUCUCGGAUGGGCAACGUUGUCGCGUUGUCUUUGCCUGGCUGGCCUGGCAGGUGCCUCAUCUGCUGCUACUCGACGAACCUACAAAUCAUUUAGAUAUGGAGACCAUCGAUGCUCUGGCAGAUGCUAUCAAUGAUUUCGACGGUGGCAUGGUGCUAGUUAGUCACGAUUUCCGUCUGAUCAAUCAGGUUGCUGAAGAGAUUUGGGUUUGUGAGAAGGAGACGGUGACCAAGUGGAAGGGUGGCAUUUUGGACUACAAGGAUCACUUGAAGAACAAGAUUACCUCCGAGAACGAGAAGAAGGCCAAGGUGGCAAAUAAAUAGUUAGCUACACAUACACCCACACACGCAUACAUAUAUAUGUAUACAUAUAUAUGCAACACACACACUCGUACACUCUGAAAUACAGCUUGAAAACUCUUCUGGAAAAACGUUGCUCUCGCUCUCGCAGCAGCUGCGCCUCUCGCUCUUUAUCUCCUAAUUUGUGUGCGAAAUUAGUUUUUGAGUUUACACAGGACACACACACGCACUACACAUACACAUACAAAUUUUUAGGUGAAUUUUUUCCGU